AUGGAUGAGGUCAAGAGUGAGUUCAACUCAGUCUUGAACCAAUCAACGACAUCAAUUGAGAAAGAGAAGUCAAUCGUACAACAGAAUAUUGAUGAUGUACUUAGUGGUGAUGUUGAGCAUAGUGCCUAUGAUGAAGAGGAUAGGGAGAAGUAUCUGGCCGAGCUGAAGGAGAAGGAGUCCAAACUGAACAAGAAGAUCAAUGAACUUACUGAUCAUGUCCACCAGGAGAAGAGGGAUCAGUUGGAGACAUUGAGGAAGAGAUGUCAAACCUCAUGUUAG